CAAAGCUCUAUAAGAAGUACAAUUUAAGGUCAAUAUUGAAGUGCCCUUACAAAAGUAUCAAUGGAAGUAAAGCUUUAAAGCUGUCGUUUGAAACUUUUAAUGUCGCUUUUAUUUAAAGCUUGGCCUUACGUCGUUUUUCCUUCAGUCGGUGUUUAAAUAUUGUAUAAUGUGCGCUUCCUUUUGUGUAGACAUAAACUUAAGAUUAAAAAUGUAUUUAUAAAUUUGCCAAAGUAAAAAAGUGUUUAAAAAUAUAUGCUGCAAAUAAGUUAAAAUAAAAUCCGAAUACUUAAUACCGUACACAUUUAUAGAUAUGAAUUGGCUACACUUCUUUGUAAUUUGUUUAAGCUUGCAGAUGUGAACAAAAAACAUACAUAUGCAUGUAUGUAUAUACAUACAUAUGUACAUUGUGGGUUAUACAUACAUAAAUUUACAUGAGCAUUACUUGGUUGUGUUUAUAUGAACGUACACAUAGAUAAAUCUAGCUGACAAGACGCAAACAAAUAUUGAGGCAAAUUAUUUGAAUAUAAUUAACUUGGAUUAGCAAGAAGGAAAAAUCAAGCUAACCUUAAAUCUUGAUCACGAGCAACGGUCUUCCAUGUGCCAUAUUAUCGUCUGAAGACUGUUAAGUGAAAACGAACUAUUGAAAUGGAAGACUCGGUGUCAAAUUUAUCAAACAAAAUUGAUCGAUGCUUAAGUGUGGAUAAUGCAUUUUUUGAAAAGUGUCCCAGCAACAUUUCCGGCGAACCGGUUCAACAAAAUACCGCAUCAAAACAUCAAUUAAUAGAAAGUCGUCCUAUAUAUCCAAAUGUUCCAUACAGCCCAUACAGUAGCCCUUUUGGUAGUCCUCGAUCCAAUCGACGCCGACCGACUUUUCGAGAGUGCAGAACAAUCUCGAUUGAAAAAUCUGGAAGUUUUCUUCAAUUAAACCAAUACAAAUUAAUGGAGCAAAUUGGUCAGGGUUCUUAUGGACUUGUAAAGUUAGCCUACUCGGAAGAAGAUUCAACACAUUACGCAAUGAAAAUUCUUUCAAAAAAGCGUCUAUUACGCCAAGCUGCAUUAAUGCGACGAGGACCCAGAAAGGCAACAUCGCCGCUAGAUCGGGUUUACAGAGAAAUAGCCGUUCUAAAAAAACUUGACCAUCCCAAUAUCGUGAAGUUGAUAGAAGUGUUAGAUGAUCCACUUGAGGAUUCAUUAUAUAUGGUUUUUGAACUGGUACAGCAAGGAGAAGUUUUAAGAAUUCCCACAGAUAAGCCAUUGCCUGAAAAGAGAGCUUGGAGCAUAUUUCGCGAGUCUUUACUUGGAUUGGAGUAUUUACACCAUCAAAAAAUAAUUCAUGCCGACAUCAAGCCUGGAAAUUUGUUGUUAACUGAAUGUGGCCAUGUCAAAAUAGCGGAUCUUGGCGUGUGCAAUGAAUUUAUUGGAGAGAAUGCCAAGAUAAGCAAUGGAUCGACCGCUGGAACCCCAGCCUUUAGAGCACCGGAAACACUCGUCGUAGGUGAGAACGAAUAUUGUGGAAAGGCGGCAGAUGUCUGGGCUUUAGGCGCAACUCUUUAUUCUCUGGUUUUUGGAAACGUUCCAUUUCUGGCAGAUUCCGUGCCUUUACUAUAUGAAAAAAUUAAAAAAGACUCCGUAGUAUUCCCAGAAAACUACUUGGUUACUGAAAACUUGAAAAGCUGUAUAGUACACAUGUUAGAAAAAGAGGCCAAGGAUAGAAUAACAGUUCCACUGUUGAAGAUAAACAGUUGGGUUACUUCUGAUGGAGACUUUCCCUUGCCGACCGAAGAAGAAAAUUGUUGCUUGGUACAAGUUGACGAUGAUGAGAUAAACUCCGUCGUGCGCAGCAUUCCAAAAUUAGACACACUAAUAUUGAUAAAAAACAUGUUAAAAAAACAUUCUUUUGGAAAUCCGUUUAUGAAAGGAGCAAACGGAAAAUCAAAUUGUUUGCGGAUAGAAAAGUUUGUCCGCGCAGGUCGGUCAAAUUCAGCUCCUGGCUCAUAUCACCUGUCAAUGGACAAACAGCCCUCUGCAGAUACGCUUCUUCCAUCCCUAAUGGAACAUUAUUCGGGCCCAUAUAACGAAGAUACAUACGUUAAUGCAGAUUAAUAAACACCAAAAGCACAUUUUUGGCAAAGCCAUCGGUCCAAUGUUUAUUUUUAAGUAACUGAAUUAUGUAUACUCUAGCCUUUUGAACAGUGUUAAUAGAAAAAGAGGAAAAGAAA